CGCCCGUCGAAGUGCGUGUGGCUAAACAUUCACCACCGCAACUAUGCGUACCAAAUUAGCGAACCCAUCCUACGGUGACCAGCUGGAGAUGUGGCUCUGGUCGGCAUCAAAACCAAUUAAUUACUUCAAAUUUGCCAACCAAGCCAACGAUUACCACCGGGUCGGCUUCGGAUUACCAUGGCGGUUGAAUCUCUCCGUGACGGCGGCGUCCCCCACUACCGAUGGCCCCGAGCUGCCGUUGGACGACAGCGAACCGGGCGAGUCCACCUUCACUAAUGACAAUGCAAUGGCCCUCAACAAUUACUGGGCCCUUCUGGCCAUUGUGCUGGUGUUUGGUACUGCGGCCGGCAACAUCCUGGUCUGCCUGGCCAUCGUUUGGGAGCGGCGGUUGCAGAACGUUACCAACUACUUCCUGAUGUCGCUGGCCAUCACCGAUCUGAUGGUGGCCCUCUCGGUGAUGCCGCUCGGCAUUCUGACGCUGGUAAGAGGAUACUUUCCGCUGCAGUCCGAGUACUGUCUGGUGUGGAUCUGCCUGGAUGUGCUGUUUUGCACCGCGAGCAUCAUGCAUCUGUGCACCAUUUCCGUGGAUCGGUACCUCUCGUUGCGCUACCCGAUGCGGUUCGGCCGGAACAAGACCCGGCGACGGGUGAUACUGAAAAUCAGCUUCGUGUGGCUGCUAUCGAUUGCGAUGAGUCUGCCAUUAAGCCUAAUGUACUCGCAGAAUCAUGCUUCGGUGCUGGUGGAAGGCACCUGCCAGAUCCCGGAUCCGGUGUACAAGCUCGUCGGGUCGAUUGUCUGCUUCUACAUCCCGCUGUGCGUGAUGCUGAUUACCUACACACUGACGGUUCGCUUGUUGGCUCAGCAAAGUCAGAACCUGUGUGGUGCUGCCGGGGCCGUAGCCAAUGCCACCGGUAGUUGGUCGAGCGGGUGGCUCGGCCAGGUCCCUGCCUUCGACCGGCGGAAUACCUGGAAGCGAAUUAUUAAACUAAGCCUCCCCUCAACGCCCAACCAUGCGCACUCAGCCGCGUCGACCGACACCGAGCUUUCGACGCUGGACAAUCACGAUCUCUGGUUGCUGGAGUCCAGCAUUCCGGAGCCCACGCCAUCAACCAUGACCGCGCUGCACCAGUUCGAGGAAAUGCUUAAGCUCUCGCGUGGUCUCGAAACGGUCGCUGGCAACGGAAACGGGAACAACGGUGCCAGCAGCAAUAUCAAUAGCAGCACAUUGCGGCACGGCGAGCAAACCCGUGAGAGUGGCUGCCCCUCGCUGUUGCUGCCGUUCGCCGUUGUUGCCGCCAGCGAGAACCAAAACGGACCCGGAACCGAUGCUGAUGGGAAAAAGUUUCCUUUCAGGAAAAAGUCCGUUUGCAUGGCGGAUCAUUGUACUUCGUUUCAAAAGCGACCAAGGUGCUGGGGUGGUGUUCUUCACCUUUGUGAUACUGUGGCUCCGUUCUUCGUGCUGAAUCUGCCCGAGCGUGUGCAAGAGUGCGAGGACAGCAUCAACCACUGGGUGUUCGAAUUCGUUACCUGGCUCGGACGCCAGUAG